CGCAGUGGCGGCGGCGGCGGCGGCAGUCAUGGCGGCUCGGUGUGUGAGGCUGGCGCGGCAAAGUCUCCCAGCUUACCUGUCUCUCAGACCAUCUCCUCGACUGCUGUGCACAGCUACAAAACAGAAGAACAGUGGCCAGAACCUGGAAGAGGACGUGAGUCAGAAAGAACAGAAGACAGAUACUCCUUCCCCAGAGAAGAUACUCCUGGACGAGAAGGUCAAGCUAGAAGAGCAGCUGAAGGAGACUGUGGAAAAAUAUAAGCGAGCUUUGGCAGACACUGAGAACUUGAGACAGAGGAGCCAGAAAUUGGUGGAGGAGGCAAAAUUAUAUGGCAUCCAGGGCUUCUGUAAGGAUUUGCUGGAGGUCGCAGAUAUCUUGGAGAAGGCGACGCAGAGUGUCCCGAAGGAGGAGGUCAGAGACGACAAUCCUCACCUCAAGAACCUCUAUGAGGGGCUCCUGAUGACGGAGGUCCAGAUCCAGAAGGUGUUCACCAAACACGGCUUGCUGCGGCUGAACCCCGUGGGUGCCAGGUUCGACCCCUACGAGCACGAGGCCCUGUUCCACACACCAGUGGAGGGCAAGGAGCCCGGCACGGUGGCACUGGUCAGCAAAGUGGGGUACAAGCUGCACGGGCGCACCCUGAGACCCGCACUGGUGGGGGUGGUGAAGGCAGCUUAGUGGCCUCAUGGGGCUCCCGUGGGUUCUUUGCGAUCCCCUCCUGUAGCUCUUGAAAGGUUCAUCUUUGUGAAUACCUUUGACCCUUUCUCUGUCCUUGUUGGAAAGCUUUAGUAACCAGUGGCUGAACAGAAAAUGAAGCCGGUUGCACAGAUGCGUGAAUGAACUUAAAUUCGGGAGUCUGUUCGUUGAUUUUUAAUACACCUUUAAUCGCUCUACAUGCUUAGAGAACAGGCCGGCGGGACACGACUGGACCCAGAGGGUCAUGAAUCAUGCUGUAGCUGAUUAAAGCCUAGCGACAUCCAGGGACCAUAAAUGAGUCAAUGCCUUCGGGAACCCCACUUGGUCUGCGCGCUGUGGCUUACCCGGGUCCCGGGCGCUCAGCCCGAACCUUCCUGUGCAGAAGGGAAGGCGAGAGCUUGAGCGUGUUCUUCCUGCUUAGAAAAGUUUCGCCAUGUCCUCACUGAAGAACAUACAAGUUCAUUUGUAAUUCGUUACGGUCUAGCAACGAAAAUACCCGACUUCCGGCUUCCUUCUGGAGAUGGGAAGUGAGCACAUGCGCCUGAACAGGUCUCACCAGCUUAUUUUGCCCGUUACUGAAUUUAACAAAAUCAGUCACUCUUGUCCUUUUGUUCAUCUUUUUGCAGAAAUGUUCAGAUCUCUAGUAGCCACUUAUUGAUGACCGGAAGGUCUUUACCGUAGAAAGACGGACUUGCUCAAAAUCCAAGGAUUGCAUGCUUCGUACAUUUUAAAUGUCAAUGUUUAAUUUUCAGAUUUUAUUUAAGAGGAUUAAAGCCCUAAUGUGUUUAUUUUCCUACUUUCUGGAAACUGUUUUGUGUACUUUGGUGGAGGAGACCCACCUACACUGAGCAGGAUUCCGCUUUCCUGUCUCGGCUCAAAUCCCAAAGCCUUGUGCUCGACACUCAGACAUGCCACACGUGGUAGCUUCCCCGUGGGAAUGGAGAGCAGGAGGAAAACGGGUGGGCCUUGGCUGGGGACAGAUGUCGCCAUCCACGGCCCUGGGGAGGGGACUGGGGACAGGUCUGCACCACUCUGUAGCCCCCUCUGUUGCUCAUUCACAACGGGGUGUUGAGAGUGAACGGUUACAGACCAGACAAAAUCCAGCCUCCUGCUCUCUGUGCUGUAGAGAGGUAUGUCUGGGACCGAAGGCCAACACUAUUACUUCAUUUACUACGUAAGAAAGGUGAGACGGUUGACUUUGCUUGUAAUUUUGAAAGAUGUAGGUAGUAUUCCCAUAAUUAAAAAUUUAAUUUAUACUA